GCCUGCAUCCGGCAUUGUGCUAAAGUGCAGCUGCCAGUCAGAGGGAUAUAUCACCCUCAUUUCAUCACAGAGAGGUGCAAGAGAAGGGAAGCACUAUGCCGUUUGUAGAGCUGGACACUAACCUGCAGCAGCAGGAAGUACCCCAGGACCUGGCUGAGAAGCUCUGCUCAGCCACUGCUACCAUUCUGGGAAAACCAAGGGAGAGGGUAAAUGUGACAGUGAGGACUGGAGUCUCUAUGGUAGUGGGAGGUUCAUCAGCUCCAUGCACCCAGCUGAUCAUUUCCUCUAUUGGAGUGGUGGGAACUGCAGAACAGAACAAGGAACACAGUGCUAAGUUCUUUAAUUUCCUGACAGAACAAUUGGGCCUUGCGCAGGACAGGAUUUUGCUGAGGUUUGUGCCGUUAGAGCCAUGGCAGAUUGGAAAAAAUGGAACCGUCAUGACUUUUCUAUAACUUCUCAUAAGAAGUUAGAGGCCACGACUGCACAGAAUCAUCAUAUCCAUCUCUAAUGUGAUCAAGAUAUUGACAGUCAUCUCUAUGCUAGGGGGCACAUUUUCUUAACUCGAGUGAAAAAUUAGAAUGAAAAAUAUUUCGAAUUUCGAAGUAUUUUUUUGGCUACUUCGACCUUCGAAUCAAAUGAUUCGAACUAAAAAUCAUUUGACUAUUCGACCAUUCGAUAGUCGAAGUACUGUCUCUUUAAAAAAAAACUUCGACCUCCUACUUCGCCAUCUAAAACCUACCGAGCAUCAAUGUUAGCCUAUGGGGAAGGUCCACAAAGGCUUUCUAGCAAUUUUUUGUUCGAAAGAAUUUCGUUCGAUUGAUGGAUUAAAAUCCUUCGAUUCGAAGGAUUUAAUAGUUUGAUCGAACGAUUAUUCCUUCGAUCGAUCGCAUGAAUAGCGGUAAAUCCUUCGACUUCGAUAUUCGAAGUUGAAUGAUUUAACUUCUGAUAGUCGAAUAUCGAGGGUUAAUUAACCCUCGAAAUUCGACCAAUAGUAAAUGUGCCCCUAAAUGUCACAAGUCAUAGCAUACAUAAACCUGGUCUCCACAAAAAAAAAAAAGAGUCCAAUACCACAGAUUAAUUUACAGUGAAUUUCUCUUUUGGAGAUCAAACACAGCAACCCAUGUUAAGCUUAUUUAAACAAAAAUGUCAUGCUUUCAUUUUGAGACUAACACCACAGUCAUGGGCGUAACUACAGAGGAAGCAGACCCUGCGGCUGCAGGGGGCCCAGGAGGUAUAGGGGGCCCCAUGAGGCUCAAAUUCAUACAAUUUCAAUACAUUUUGGUAAAACAGGACAACCUCUGGAUAUGUUUGGGGCCCUAAAAUUAAUUUGCUGUGGGGCCCAGUAACAUCUAGUUAAGCCACUGACCACAGUACUCAGUGUUCCUGAUGGAACUAAUUGAACUGCAGUAUAUUUCACUGAAUGACAUUGUCCACUUUUUUCCACAGACUGGAGGAAAGCAGAUCUGCUCUUAUGUGCACACCCCCAUAGGUCUAUAUUGACAGGCCCGGCCUCAGAGGAGCAUAUAUUGGCACAAAAACAGAAAUGUAUGCAUUUUGUGCCCCGUGUAAUUCCACACAUGCCUGUUAAUGGACCUAUGUGGAUGUGCACAUAAGAGCGGAUCCGCUUUCCAACUUCUCUAUAAAAAUGCCCGCAGAGGAAAUUGCACAAUCCACUUAGUAUGCACUAAGGCCUGCACAGACACAUUCACUGCGAGUAGUAUAGAGUAGAGAUACAUUUAAGGCAGAUAAGCGGAGAUACGUAUUCUUAAAUGUUUCACCACUUAUUCAAGAACUGAAGAAGUUGCUUUGAUAAGUGGUAAAAUGUUCAUGAUUACACAGUAGGUCCAAUUGGUUUAGACUUAUUUCUACCUGUUAUCGUAGAUCAUGUCCUGAAUGAAUGAAUAUCUUCAUAGACAUGAAUAGAAACGUCCUUAUUUGGGGUGAUCACCAUUAAAUGUUUUCUCUCUAACUGAUGAAGGGCAACAAGGUUGUCGGCUUUAAAGUCACAUUCCAUGAUGUAUUUUUGGUAAAUAAAAACAAGUCAUCAAAAAUA